AAGCGGCACGAAACAGACGGAAUGCCGCCAGCACGGAGUCCCUGAUUAAUAGUGAGCAUCAGUGAGCAUCAGUGCCUACAGAACGCAGGCGGAACCGACACAGGCGGAGGCAGAGAAAAGUAACCUGGCUACCAUGAUGUUGAACGUAAUGAGAGGAGUAAUGUGGAACAACAAACUACUGCAGGCACACCUGCACGCGGAACGACAGCAAAGACAGCAGUACCAGCAAGACCUGGCCGCUAUAACGGCCGACGUCCGCGACGCAGCAAUGCAGCAGCAGCAACAGCAACAGCUGAUGAACUCUACCAUCGCACACAUCAACGGCAUUGAGGCCAAGGGCUCAGCAGGGCCAGGCUGCACGACGGACGCGCCGAAGCAAAUCAACGAACGCAUCGAUCACGUCGUCACCAUCAUCGGCGACAUAGGUGUUUUCAACGGACCGGACACGAUCAGCAGCACGGUGGCCGCCCUCAAGACGGACAUCACCAAGCUACAGACGAGACCGGACGCCGCUGCAAAGACGUUCAAGAUGCCGCACUUCGACAUCUGCAAGUUCGACGACUACAACAAGUCGGACGCUUUGACAUGGUGGCAACGUUUCCUCACGGAAGCGUCAUGCCGCACUGUCCCGGCGAACGACAUGUUGAAGGCACUCUAUUUGCAACUGAUUGGAGGAGCAAAGGCGUGGAUGAACCACCUGCCGGCCACCCACAAGUGCACCAUCGCCGAACUCCACACGCACAUCACGUGGAAGGAGUUCGAGCAGCUAUGGUUCACCCGGUUCAUGGUCCGCAACGUCGUGAAGGCGGCCAUGAAUGAGGUGUACACAUGCUCUCAGGGGAACAUGCCAACUCGAGAAUGGACAACGAAGUGGCAAAAGAUAGUGACCACACGAGGCUUCGACUUGACGUUUCCAAAUCAACGAUCCGAGUUCUUCUCGCGAUCGUGCGCGGGAUUGCGGUCGACACUCGGUAAUGAGUACGACUAUACCACAUUCCAGGCCAUUCUGAAUCGAGCGAACUUGGUCAUCCAAACGGACGACAAGGCCGCUAACGAGAGACAAUCCCAGCCGCAUUAUGUGGCUAAGCAGGCCUAUCAACGUCCUUCCUUCGUGAUCAACAUUCCACCGCACCUGACAGUGCAUCGGGUCUUCCAUGCAUCAAAGCUGGCCAUCUACACGCCACCUUCAGCUGACGAGUUCCCCGGACAUCGAUCACAGGAUCCGCCUUCUAUGGACGGACAUCAGGAAGUUGACCGAGUCAUCACGCACCGCAAGUAUGGCAACAAGCCAAGGCAGUACAAAGUCACAUUCAAGCAAUGUGCGCCUGAUGACACUCGGGGUGGUAGAGUUGUCAUAAGGUGGGUAACAGACGGCGAUAAAACUAGGGGAAAUAUAGGUGGUGAAGACGGGGGGGAUGAAGUCAAGGGUGGUGAAGUGACUGAAGCAGAGACAGGGGCGCCAAUCGUAGGUGAGACCCGAAGAGGGGACUUUGCAGGUGGUAAUGCAAGCAUGGCCACGGAUGCCAUGGAGGAACGCACCAAGACCAAGGGCGACAAAGCAACUGAGGUGGUCACGGAUGCCAUGGAGGAACACACCGAGACCAAGGGCGACACAACAGCUGUCGUGGCACCUGAUGCCAUGGAGGAACACAUCGAUACCAAGGGCGACACAGCAGCUGCGGGUCGAGUCGCUCCCGCGGAAUCAAUCAUAGAAGCAACCAAGGCCGAUGAGGAAGAGGCUGCAAACCGAAAAGGAGCAGCCAGGGUCACAAACGACAUGGAAGGGGUUACUAAGACUGACGAGGACGCAGGUGCAGUAGACGCAAGUAAUGAAGAAGAGGCUGUGAUAGGUGUGACAGGUGCCGAUAAUGAAGAAGGGAAAGUGACAAGCGUAGUCCGAGGACAGUGUGUGGAUACCCGAGAAAGCGGGUGAUGAAUAGACCAUCGAAGCACGCUGGGGAACCAGCUCGAGAGGCGGGUCACGUGCGCAGGGUACCUGUGUUGACGUUUACCGACUCUCUCUCUCUCUAAAUAUAUAUUGUCACAUACAGGGCAACCAGCAUUCAGGAAGGGCCGAACGCCUGAACUCGAACGCCCGAACAUACCGGAAUCCUUGGGGAUGCGUUCAGCCGUUCGGGUCAAACGCGGACCAUAUAUAUAUAUAUAUAAAAUCUGAAAAAAGAAAUGUUAUAAAGAAGACUAAAAUAAACAACAUUUGCCUGA